AUGCUCGUGCCCGUACUCCUCGUCCUCUCCUUCUGCCUCAGGGGGCGUGCAGGCCUGGCACCCCACUUUCUGCAACAGCCAGAGGACCAGGUAGUUCUGUUGGGAGACGAGGCCCGGCUGCCCUGUGCCCUGGGCGCCUACCGGGGACUGGUUCAGUGGACUAAGGACGGGCUGGCUCUAGGGGGAGAAAGGGACCUUCCAGGCUGGUCCCGGUACUGGAUAUCAGGGAAUGCAGCAAGUGGCCAGCAUGACCUCCACAUUAGGCCCGUGGAGCUAGAGGAUCAAGCAUCGUAUGAAUGUCAAGCAACACAAGCCGGCCUCCGCUCUCGACCAGCCCAACUGCAUGUGCUGGUGCCUCCAGAACCCCCCCAGGUGCUGGGCGGCCCCUCUGUGUCUCUGGUUGCUGGGGUUCCUGCGAAUCUGACCUGUCGGAGCCGUGGUGACGCCCACCCCACCCCUGAGCUGCUGUGGUUUCGAGAUGGGGUCCGGCUGGACGGGGCCAUCUUCCGUCAGACCCCAUUGAAGGAAGGAACCAUCGGGUCAGUGGAGAGCAUCUUAUCUUUGACCCCUUCCAGCCAUGAUGAUGGAGCCACCUUGGUUUGCCGGGCCCGGAGCCAGGCCCUGCCUGCAGGGAAGGACACAGCUGUCACAUUGAGCCUGCAGUACCCCCCAGUGGUGACUCUGUCUGCAGAACCACAGACAGUACAGGAGGGAGAGAAGGUCACUUUCCUGUGCCAGGCCACAGCCCAGCCUCCUGUCACCGGCUAUAGAUGGGCGAAGGGGGGCUCUCCGGUGCUCGGGGCCCGCGGGCCAGUGUUGGAGGUAGUGGCCGACGCUUCAUUCCUGACUGCGCCGGUGUCCUGCGAGGUCAGCAACGCAGUGGGUAGCGCCAACCGCAGCACAGCGCUGGACGUGCAGUUCGGGCCGAUUCUGCAGGCAAAGCCGAAACCCUUGUCUGUGGACGUAGGAGAAGACGCCUCCUUCAGCUGUGUCUGGCGCGGGAAUCCACUCCCACGAGUAACCUGGACCCGCCGCGGGGACGCACAGGUGCUGGCCUCCGGGCCCACGCUGCGUCUUCCCGCGGUGGGGCCCGAGGAUGCAGGCGACUACGUGUGCAGGGCCGAGCCAGGGCUCUCGGGCCGGGGCGGUGGCGCUGCGGAAGCUAGGCUGACUGUGAACGCUCCCCCAGUAGUGACUGCUCUGCACUCUACGCCUGCCUUCCUGAGGGGCCCCGCCCGCCUCCAGUGUCUGGUCUUCGCUUCCCCUGCCCCAGAAGCCGUGGUCUGGUCUUGGGAUGAGGGCUUCCUGACGGCAGGGUCACAGGGUCGGUUCCUGGUGGAGACCUUCCCAGCCCCAGAGGGCCUCGGGGGACAGGGUCCAGGCCUGAUCUCUGUGCUACACAUUUCGGGGACCCAGGAGUCCGACUUUCACCGGGGCUUCAACUGCAGUGCCCGGAACCGAUUGGGUGAGGGAGGCACCCAGGUCAGCCUGGGCCGUAGAGACUUGCUGCCCACUGUGCGGAUUGUGGCCGGAGUGGCCGCCAUGGCCAUGACUCUCCUUAUGAUCAUCACUGGGGUGGCUCUCUGUUGCUGGCGCCACGGCAGGGGUCAGUCCUCUUUCUCCAAGCAAAAGAACCUGGUGCGAAUCCCAGGGAGCAGUGAUGACUCCAGUUCCAGGGGCCCCGAGGAGGAGGCAGGCAGCAGCAAAGACCAGGGCCCCAUCGUGCACACGGACCACAGUGACCUGGUUCUGGAUGAGGAGGGGGCUCUGGAGACCAAGGACCCAACCAAUGGUUACUACAAGGUCCGAGGAGUCAGUCCACCCACGUCUCCAGACUCAUGUGUGACAUCUCUCCAGCUGAAGAGUCCUGGGAUCUUCAACUUGCAUAAUGGAUUGUUCUGAUUUCUGAGUAACCAGAACAAACUGGCAACCUACCCUUCCAAAAUUGAACCUUGAGGGGAAGGAAAGAUCAUUACAAUUGCCUGGGUCAUUGAUGUACAGUCAACUCAGCCAAAGGGGAUGCCCCGAGUGGAAGCAAGGAGGCCACUGGGCCUGCUUCUUCCUGUGUAAAAAAGAGAUUCAAGAGGGCAGAUGGGCCCUUUGCAGAGGGAUGGGAACAGGGGUGAUGGGAGUUAGGGACAGAGAAGGAAAUUGCUUCCAAACAUUGAAAGAAGAGAUUUCAAGAUGGCCACCCACAUUAAGAAGAAAGGCAACAUAAAGCAGAUCAAGAUACAGGACCUGUCCUUGCUAUCCCCAAGGGGUACUUUGCUUCACCCAUGGAACUGCUGUCAAAAUGGCCAUUCAUUCUCUGGGAAUCCAAGAUGGCCACCAUCUUGAUUCUUUCUUCCUUCCUUAAAGGUCCUGGAAGAACCGGGCCCAAGGAGUAAGGACAGGGUAAGAGCUGUUGUGGUGGUGGGAAGCGGGGAAGGAGUGGUGUUGGAAUCUGGGAAUGAGAAUAUUUAUGUUCAAUUAAAAAAAAAAAGUUGCAAAGUGAA